AUGAAAGACAACUUGGACUCUACAGGCAUGGAAGGCCUGGCAAAAGUCAAACCACCGGGACGGAUAGGAGCUGUUAUUCAAUAUUUAGUUGGAUAUUUCCAGGAAGAGAUGCUGUAUGUGUUGACAUAUCUAAGUAUGGCAUUCGGUUUUUUGUAUUUGUUGGGAAAAGUCAUGUUAAAGGUGUUCUUUGGUGAAUUGCGGGUGAUAGAAACGCAGCGCAUGUACGAUAGACUCCUCAAUUUUCUUUUAUUUAAAGUGGUAUUUAUCGGCGCAAUCUUGGAUCCAAGAUGGGAAGACCUAUUAAUAUGGACGACUUGGUUUACCAUUCUCGGGUUUCUAAGGAUAUUCAGCAUGCUUUGUCGUGAUAGAUUUGAAUUUAUGUCAACGACGAAUGCGCCAUUUCAAGAACACGGACGAAUCAUUGUUUUGCUGGUUCUUAUUUUCAUUGCAGACAUAUUCUGGUUCAUAUUGUGUGUAAUCGUGUUUAAAUCAAUGUUGUUGCUAUUGACAUUUGAGUGUGUAACACUUUUCUUGGACACAGUACAAACACUGGUUAAAUACAUUAUACACUUGAGAGAUCUUUCUCGACCUGGUGUUUGGGAGUCAAGAGCAUUGCUUUUCUAUUAUACUGAAUUUGUGACGGACACUUUGAUACUGGUGGCAACUCUAGGACAUUACAUGCAUAUUAUGAUUCUCCAUGGUAUUUCCUUCACGCUUAUUGAUGCUGUGUUAUUCCUAAAUAUGCGAAGUGUGUUCAACAACCUAAGGAAGAAAAUAGCAGCUUAUCGCAGCUACAGGCAAGCAAUUACAAACAUGCAAGCACAGUAUCCAAGCGCAUCAGAGCAAGAAUUAGACGAAUAUAAUGACGACUGUGCCAUAUGUAGAGACAACAUGACACAAGCAAGAAAGCUGCCGUGUAGACACAUGUUUCAUUUGUCAUGCCUUCGUUCAUGGCUAGAGCACCAUGAAUCUUGUCCUACUUGUCGAAGACCCCUUGUCAAACCUAAUUCUUCUUCUUCGAAAUAA